AUGGUGGUGUUGUUCGUGAUCUCCAUGAGAGUACUAAGCUUAUUGAGGAGUGUUGCUCAGCCAUGUGUAUUAGCUGAAGACUGCAACCACCCUGAUUACGUUAAGCUUGUCAAGGCUCUCUGCGCUGAUCACAACAUCAACUUGCUUACUGUUCCAAGUGCCAAGAUCCUCGGUGAAUGGGCUGGUCUAUGCAAGAUUUACUCUGAGGGUAUGCCAUGA